GUUACAAAUGAUGUUUUGGGUCUUUGCAGUGGUACUGCAGAACAUCACUGCCAUCAUCUUUGUCCUUCAGGAAAGUAUGAUUGCGUAAGUCAUGACCAUACUGAUAACCAUGGUUGCAUUUGUUAUCCGGCGGACUACUGUGACAAUACAGAUUACCCUUGUUCACCCUUACACUGUCCGCAUAAUGAACUGACAAGAUGUAACGGACAUAACAAAUGUGAGUGCUAUUGCAGCCAGGACAGUCAUUGUGAGAACUGUCCAGAGCAGGGCUUCUGUAUAAACGAACAAUGUGUCUGUGAAUCUAAUAACUAUUGCCCUGGAGGAAAUCAAUAUUAUUGUCUCAAAAAUUUCCACUGCCAGCAUAGCGAACAGAAGAGGUGCAAUUCGAAUGACAGAUGCGAGUGUUUUUGCAAUCAAGACAGUGAAUGUAAAAACUGUCCUGAGAAAGGAUUUUGUGUUGAUGGUCAAUGUGUUUGCGAGAGUCAUGAUUACUGUGCAAAAGGAAAUCAUUUAUACUGUAUGUAUCUAGAUGCAACAUGUAUCACGGGAUUUACAGCCAAGUGUAAUGGCUCUAAUCAUUGCUACUGUGCGUAUGUCCCUGAUACCUGCUCUGGACACGAUGUCAGUAAAUGUUAUCAUCUGAAAUGUAGACCAGGAGAGAAGAAAUUCUGUGAAGGUAGAACCUGUACAUGCAAACCAUUGGACUAUUGCAAAAAAGGCGAUACUGAUUGUGGACACAAAACUUGCGAUGGUACCUUGGGGGAAGUGACUUUAUGCGGGACCAAUAACACCUGCCAAUGUCUAGCUAUUCCAGAUUUCUGUGGAGGCAGGGACACAUCCUCCUGUACACACCUAACGUGCAAUCAGUACCAGGUGAAGGUCUGUGACAACGGAAUGUGUAAAUGUCAACUGAAUCCAUCCUGUGAUUCAAACCAAGGAUUGAAUCACACUUGUACUAGUGCCAACACUGUAUUAGAAGAAAAGGAUUCAAAUGGGUCUAAAAUAUAUAAAAACUGUUCGGAUGAUAUCCACCUUUUUCCUAUUUGUUUAGACGGGCGAUGUCAGUGCAUAUUUUGGAAGUUUCUCUUGCCUUUUUAUGUCUAA